AUGGUGUACUGUGACCAGGGCCAGAAGGUGAAGAAGGAGGUGGUGCAGCCCAUCAACCUCAUCUUCAGGUAUCUGCAGAAUUGGUCCCAAGUUCAGGUGUGGCUAUAUGAACAAGUAAAUACGCGAAUAGAGGGCUGCAUAAUUGGGUUCAAUGAGUAUAUGAAUCUUGUACUGGAUGAUGCAAAGGAAAUUUGCUCUAAAACAAAGUCAAGGAAACAGCUUGGUAGGAUCAUGCCAAAAGGAGACAACAUUACUCUACUACAGAGUGUCUCUAACUAG